ACUGCGUGUUUUGCCGUGCAAAAUGUGUGUUUCGCAUAUUUGUUAAAUUUUGAUCUGGAUCUACUAAUAAAAGUUCAAUAAGUAUUAGUAAGUGAUAACUCUAAGCCACAAUGUCUCGAAAACCAUUCUCUUUGUCGGCGGCUCUUUCAAAAAAUGACCCGAAGAAACAGACAAGCUUGAUGGCUUUCAUGGCCAAAAAAGAAAAGACGGCUCUAGAAAGUAGCAACUUAACGGAAAGCAUCGAUGUUAGAGACGGUUUAAAUCCCGUUGCCGGACCAGACGAGGAAGCCAAAUUGCGUUCACCCAGUAUUUUCAAACCUAAGUUCCCGAAGGCGAAACAAUCAUCAACCGUUGAACUAAUCACAUUAAAAACUAAGGUUAAAGCAUCACAAAAAAUAAAGAAUAAUUAUUCCGACAGAGUGGCUGAUAAAGUUGACCAGAUGGAUGAAUACGAUCUUCUAGUAACGAAAUAUUGUACAGAAGCCUCAAAAAUUGCGAUGAAUCUGGAGUUAGAUCUAGAGAACGAUUCUCGAUAUCAACAAGCUACGAAAAAAUUGGAAGAGAAUUUAGCCAAAAUAAGUCCUGCAAAGAAAGCUACGGAUCAGGACGGUGCGAGUAAAAUCGGAAAAUUUCAGUACAAGGUACCUAAAGCUGCUUCAUUGCUGUCUGGUUUAAGCGAACCGUUGAAAAAGCCAAUCAAUCUAAACAAAACACCUCUUACCUAUGACGACGAUCCGUUUGAAACAAAACACGAUAAGCCUUCCAGUUCUACCCCGAUCGGUUCAACAAGCUUUUCUUUUAUACAGAAAAAAUCGUCUGAAGCUGCCAAAGGAGAGCAAUCUACCUCACAGAGAUCACUAUUCAAGACAAAACUCCCUUCCCGACUACAAGUGAACAAGAUUAUUUCUCCUAAGACUGAUGCAGCUUCACUAUCAGAAAAAAAGAUAAACAACCAGAAUAACUCCCCGCUUACCAAGGCAGCAGUUGAAAAACCAAACAAGCCAAAUAUUCAUAAACCACCAACAACCCCAGAGAGCAUUUCUACAUACCUAGAUCGUCUGUUCAGUUCCACGAAGAAAAACACGAGUGUAAAUUUUGAUCCCGCUUUGGACGAUUAUAUGGUUGAUAUUUUGAACAGUCCUAGUUUUAAAUUUAACGGAGGAUCGAAGGCGGAACUGAAGAAAAACUCCCAAUCGUUGCAAGAUACGUACAAGUCACUAUUGGAAAAAUUCUACAGCAUCUGCGAUCAACUGCCAACCGAAUGUUUCGGUUCUGUACAAGGCUUCCGCAUGGACACGUUCAGCAAGCUUAAAUCAUUAGUUGAGAACGUUAAGGGCAAAAUUAGAGUGAACGAGAAAGCGUUGGAAAAUUUUAAAACUCACUCUGUAACUGGAUCAAGGAAGAGCCGCAGCAAAAGCAAUGGCUUUGAUGACUAUGAUGCAAUGUGCCCAAGCAGUAGUAUAAAAGACACUGUUCUGAAUGAUGUGAACUUUGUUGAACAAGAGAAUGAUUUUGUGGACAGUACUCUUCCUGGAGAAACUCCAAAAGAGUCCGCUGCUUCGCAAUCCGGUGCAUUUGUAUUCAAAAAACCUAUAUUUGGGACAAUGCUCAACUCGUCCGAUAGCACGGCAUUAUCGGAAGUGAAGGAAAACGGAAAUCGUUCUAGGGAAGAUGACGAAGACGAUAUAGAAAGUAUAAUGAACAACAUUCGGGAAGCAGAACUCAUAGACACCGGACGUUCCAAUCAGACUAAUUUGAGCUCGAUAGAUUUGGUGACUCCCGAGAGUUCAUUUCGCCGACCGGAACCACGUAUCACUUUCAGCGCUCAAGAAACAUCACUACGUAAUACGCAGUUUAUCGAAAACGUUGACACCCAGCUGGACGACGAUGGCUGGCAGGUCUACGAUGCGUCUCAGUUUGAGAAUAGUGACGUGAUCAGUAUUACUGAUGCAUCGGAGGGUCUCCCGAGUACAUCUUCCAAUCAGUGCAACCAAUCCAAAUCUGAUGCUUCCCUUUGUCGACUUUUGGACGACGUUGAUAGUCAAGUAUCGACUGCUUCCAGUUACCAACCGAGAGCUCAGAAUUCGUUGGGAAAUUUCCACUCUGGGGUACGAAACGAUGGAUUAAGCGGAGAGUUCGAUGGAAUGAACCAUCCCCAUUCAGAACAAAUGAAAAUCGUGUUUCACGAAACGUUUGGUCUUCGAUCUUACCGUCCUAACCAGCUGCAGGUGAUAAAUGCUACCCUGUUGGGGCAUGAUUGCUUCGUGUUGAUGCCAACGGGCGGAGGCAAAUCUCUUUGUUACCAACUGCCCGCUCUACUCACAGAGGGCGUCACGAUAGUGGUCAGUCCGCUAAAAUCUUUGAUUUUAGAUCAAGUAAACAAGCUCAGUUCACUGGAUAUUCCGGCGGCUCAUCUAUCUGGGGACGUAUCUUACGCAGAUCAGCAGAAGAUUUACAACGAUUUGCAGAGCUCAAGACCGGUGCUUAAAUUGCUCUACGUCACUCCGGAGAAGAUUUCCUCUUCAGGGCGAUUUCAAAACGUUCUGACUGGCCUGUUUAGAAUGAAGCAAAUGGCGAGAUUUGUUAUAGACGAAGCCCAUUGUGUUUCUGCCUGGGGUCAUGAUUUCCGUCCAGACUAUAAAAAGUUGUCGGUACUGAGAGAGCAGUUUCCAUCGGUUCCCAUCAUGGCACUAACGGCCACGGCUAAUCCUCGAGUUAGAAUUGAUGUUUUGAAACAGCUAAGGUUGACCCGUAAUACAAAAUGGUUCCUCUGUAGUUUCAAUCGACCAAAUCUGAAAUAUAUCAUCCGACCGAAGCAGGGCGCCGCAACCAAAGCGGAAAUCAUCGAACUGAUCAAGAAAAAGUUCCCACGUGCAUCCGGUAUUGUCUAUUGCUUGUCGAAGAAGGAUUGCGAUCAACUUGCAUCCGAGAUGCAGAGGGCUGGUAUCGCAGCCAAAAGCUAUCAUGCCGGCCUAUCGGAUUUGCAGAGAGAAUCAAACCAGAAGGAUUGGAUCACAGAUAAAACCAAGGUAGUAUGCGCAACCAUUGCCUUCGGUAUGGGUAUAGACAAGCCAGAUGUACGCUACGUUAUUCAUCAUUCGAUGCCUAAGAGUAUCGAAGGCUACUACCAGGAGGCCGGAAGAGCUGGUCGAGAUGGUGAACCAUCUAGUUGCAUCUUGUUCUACAACUAUUCGGACAUGUUACGUUAUAGAAAAAUGAUGGACCAUGGCAAAUCGAUCCCUUUCGAGGCGAAACAGGUUCAUUUGCACAAUCUCUUCCGGAUGGUCAACUAUUGCGAAAAUGUAACGGACUGUCGACGAGCCCUGCAACUAGAUUACUUUGCGGAACAUUUCACUCGAGAGCAAUGUCUGGAAAAUCGUGCCACUGCUUGUGACAACUGUCUAAUGCAGGGAGAAUACAAAACCGUCGAUGUAACGGAUGACUGCAUUGCUAUAGUGAAGAGUGUGCGCGAUUUGUGCGCCUGUGCAAGUCGUUUUACACUUUUGCAUCUUGCAGAAGUGUUCAAAGGAAGUGAGCAGAAGAAGGUUAUCGACAACAACCACCAUCGGACGCCAUAUCAUGGUCGUCUGAAGUCAUGGGAUCGAAGCGACAUUCAACGGCUAAUGCACAAGCUGGUCAUUGAGGACUACCUUAAAGAAGAUUUAAUUUUUUCCAACGAUAUUCCUCAAGCGUACAUCAAAAUUGGAUCCAAAAUAGAGAAGCUCAUGAACCGUGAAGUGCGGAUAAACUUCUCUACGAAAGAGAAAACAACGACCAAGAAGAUACAACAAAUUGCUGUCGGCAAUGAGGCAAAACUCGACAGCCAAAGCAAAACGCAGCUUAAGGAACUGCAGGAGCGUUGCUACAAUGAUCUACUGGACAUUUGCCGAGCGCUUGCAGCUCAAAAGAAUGUUACCCUUGCUUCCGUUAUGAACAUGCAAGCCCUGAAAGCUAUGGCGGAGCGACUACCGGAGACGCAAGCCGAAAUGUUGGCAUUGCCACAUGUUACGAAGGCCAACUUCGAAAAGUACGGUCAACAAUUGCUAGAGAUCACUCAGAACUAUGCCGCAGAAAAAUUGUGUCUUAUGCUAGAUGUUGAAGAUGAUUCCAGUGAUAGUGAGAAUAGUGAUACUACAGACUGGGGACGAUUGGCGCGGGAGGCUUCAGUAAGUAAUUCUGCUGGAGCUAGUGGCUCGAAACGAAGACGAAGCUGGGGUUCCGGUGGCCGUGGCGCGAAACGUUUUCGGAAAGGCCGAACAAAAUCGAAAGCACGAGCAAAAACCACCAGCACUCGUGGUAGAGGGGCAAGCUCCAGCAAAACUGCUGCAAAAUCAGCCACACGCGGUGCACGAUCUGGAAGUUCGGGAUUCGGAUUACUACCGCUUCCGGGAAAUCGGUAGCCGUUUAAUUUUAUCCAGGUAAUAGCCGUUGAUGUUGAAGUAUGCUGUUAU